UUAGCAUUUCCCCCUUAUUUUUUUUCAUCAAUUCCCCUUAUUUUUUUUCACCAAUUCUUUUUAAAUAACCACAUUGUUUAACUCGUGUAGUAGGAACGCAUAGCAAUUAAUUAAUUAUUUUUUAUCUUUAAUUAUCUAUAUAGGGUAGUGUCCCAUAAACUGGGACAUUUCCUACUUAUCCUUAAUUAGCCUCAUCUUAUCCAAGUUCUAUGUUUAAUUUUCUCCAUUUGAUAUUUAACAUCUGUUCCAAAGUGCAAGAGUCAGCAUUAAUCCUGAAAUAGCCACUCAUUUGCAGAUCAAGUAGCCACUGAUAAUCAUGAGUUCUUCUGAGUCUUUGCAUGGGGUAAACUAUGCACCACCACGUAGUUUUGGGACAAUUCUUAAAGCAAACUUAAAAGAAGCUCUAUUUCCAGAUGAUCCAUUUCAUGAAUUCAAGAAUGAGAAAUUAUCAACAAAAAUUAUAAAAGGGACUCAAUAUUUUGUACCAAUUUGUCAAUGGUUGCCAAAGUACGACUGGAAAAAGAACUUCAAGUUUGAUCUUCUUGCUGGAAUCACAAUUGCUAGUCUUGCUAUCCCACAGGGAAUUAGCUAUGCUAAACUUGCUGAGCUUCCUCCUAUUAUCGGAUUAUAUUCAAGCUUUGUCCCCCCUCUUGUUUAUGCAAUUUUUGGAAGUUCAAAGCAUCUUGCUGUUGGAACAGUGGCAACUUGUUCAUUGAUUGUUGCUGAAUCAAUUCAAGAAAAAGUUAAACCUCAUGAUAAUAUGACUUUGUACCUCAGUUUGUUCUACACAGCUACUCUUAUCUCUGGUUUGCUUCAAACUGCUUUGGGGGUACUGAGGCUUGGAUUUUUGGUGGACUUUUUAUCUCAUUCAACAAUUACUGGAUUUAUGGGAGGGACAGCAUUAGUUAUCUGUCUACAACAAUUGAAGGGCAUACUAGGCUUGAAGCAUUUCACUAGUCACACUGAUGUAGUUCAUGUUAUACGUGCUGUAAUUCAAAACAGAAAAGAGUUUACAUGGCAGUGUGCACUUGUUGGUGUAUUCUUCCUUGUUUUCCUACAGACAGCUAGAUAUGUGAGAAAGAAGAAACCAAAUUUAUUUUUGGUUUCAGCCGUUGCUCCAAUAGCGGUUGUUGUAAUUGGCUGUGCUGGUGCUUACUGCUUCAAAGCUGAGAAACAUGGCAUAGCCAUUGUGGGAAAGUUAAAUAAAGGAAUUAAUCCACCCUCCCUCAACCUUAUAACUUUUGAUCCAAAGUAUGUAUAUGUUGCUGUAAAAGCUGGGAUUAUUACAGCUAUGAUUUCACUAGCAGAAGGAAUAGCUAUUGGAAGGAGUUUUUCUAUCUUGGAUAAUGAGCAAAUUGAUGGCAACAAAGAGAUGAUAGCUCUUGGACUCAUGAAUAUUGCUGGCUCUUUUACUUCUUGCUACUUAACUACAGGGCCAUUUUCAAAAACAGCAGUGAACCACAGUGCUGGAUGCAAGACCCAAAUGUCAAAUGUAGUAAUGUCAGUUUGCAUGUUGCUAACUCUAUUGUUUUUAGCUCCACUUUUUGGCUACACACCACUUGUUGCCUUGGCUGCCAUCAUCAUGUCAGCUAUGCUUGGUCUAAUUGACUAUGAUAAGGCUAUUCACCUCUACAAGACUGACAAAUAUGACUUCUUGAUUUGUAUGGCUGCAUUCUUGGGUGUUGCCUUCAUUAGCAUGGACAUGGGACUCAUGCUCUCGGUUGGACUUGCUUUGAUAAGGGCACUUCUAUAUGUAGCAAGACCACCUACUUGCAAACUUGGAAACAUAACAGACACUGCUGCCUAUCGUGACAUAGAACAAUAUCCUGGUUCUAGUGGAACUCAAGGAAUGUUGAUUUUGAAGCUUGGUUCUCCUAUUUACUUCCCAAAUAGCAACUACAUUAGGGAAAGGAUUCUGAGAUGGGUCAGAGAUGAGCAAUCUUUUGAAAACUCCAAAAGAAAUGAAGUUGAAUACUUGAUACUUGACUUGGGAGGUAUUACGUCAAUUGAUAUUACGGGUGUUGAAACUCUAUUCGAUAUUCGUAAAUGCCUAGAAGCUAAAUCGAUCAAGAUGAUAUUGGUUAAUCCAAGAAUAGGGGUGAUGGAAAAAUUACUUGUGACACACUUCAUUGAUAAGAUUGGAAAAGAAUCUAUCUUUUUAACUAUUGAAGAUGCAAUUGAAAAUUGCAGAUUUUCACUUAAAUCUUCAGACCACACAAAAAGAGAAGAUGUGGAAUUUGCUUAGAUCCCGUUUGGAUGGACUUAAUAAGUUUUGGCUCAAUUUCGUUUUUUCGACUCAAAAUAAUUGUUUAACGGCACUUUUUAUUUUUCACAAACACGACAACAAUACUUAAAAUAAGCCAAUCCAAGCAGGCUCGGAUUAUUGGCUUGGAUUUUGAGGAAACACAACCUAUGGUGCUUUUGUUUUUUUAUUUAUUUUUGUUGAAAAAACGCAAUCACAUUCAUUAAGAUUUGAAUAGUUCCAUUAGCUUCUUAUUGGAGCAUAAUCUGCACAUCGAUUUGUUUCCCUCAGUAUAUAAUAAUUUCUCUGUUCACUUUCAAUAAAUAUCUGUAAUCUUCAGUAAUAAACUUAAUGGGAUAACAUUGUGUUUCUGUCA